CACAGUGUGAAGUUACCCAGCUGUCCCUGAAGGCACCAGCAGCAGGUGAGUUUUUGACUUUCAGAGUGACCUGACUGUUUUCACAGUUCAGUGUGUUAGCUCUGUAUGUUAGCUCACCUGGGGAUCAGUGAGUGAACCGAGGACUCACCUGAGCAGGUGAGCAGCUGUGAUUGGAGAGUCAUGGACCAAUCGCCGUCCAGCGGACGGGGCGAUGUGAGCGUGCUCAGUUGUUUCCUGCCUAAUGUGGGCAGGGAUGUUGCUGUAGCUGUGGUUAAGCCCCUUCGCCUUGGCCUUGGAAACCCUGACAGUUGCAGCCUGCUUCACACAGACAGACAGGUGAAGUGGACGAUGGAGGUGUUGUGUUACGGUUUGACUCUACCGUUGGACGGAGACACGGUCAAACAGUGUGUGGACGUCUACACCGAUUGGCUGACGGCGCUGGUUUCCCCGAGAGACUCCAUCCCUCCUCCAAUCAGCCGAGAGCCCAACCUGUACGUCCAGAAGAUCCUCAGACACCUGUACAGCCUGUUCCUGCCCAGGUCGGACCAGGUGAGCCCGGUCUACCUGUCUCUCUGUCAGCAGGUGUUGUGUGCAGUUCAGUCAUUGGCCAGAGAGAGCGCUGUGAUGAGCAGAGACACCUGGGAGACGGUGCUGAACUUCCUGCUCCGCGUCAACCACACCAUGCUGGCUCCGCCCACCACUGCAAGUGAACAGCUGUCUGAGCUGUCGAUGGCGGUGCUGUUUGAGGUGUGGUUGCUGUCUUGCUCUCGGUGUUUCCCGUCUCGCUCUCUGUGGCAGACAGGCAGACAGAUGUUGAGCAGCUGGAGACAUCAGCCAGCUGUGGUGGAGCAGUGGAGCCGGGUUAGCUCCGCCCUCACCUCCAGGUUGUUGCUGCUCACCUUCAGUCCGUCCUUCCCUCCAUUUAAAGUCCCCGAUGAAGACGCCGCUCUGAUCCCUGCAGACAUGGACGAUGAACGAGUGUCUCACACCUGGUUCAGGUUCUUACACCUGCUCAGUAACCCGGUGGACAUCAGUCGUCAGGGGCUCGUUGGAUCGUCUCCUCCUUCUGUGGAGGAGACGAUCAGAGGAGACGGUCAUCUGCCUCACAUCUUCUUCAGAGCAAUGAGAGGAGUCAGCACGCAGGUCGACGCCUUCCUGGGUGUAGCUGUGGUCAACAAAGAGCCAACAGAGCAACUCCUGCCACAAACUGGACUGACAUCGAGGACUAAUCUCAGAGACCGGCUGCCUUCAAUCGGUGUUACUGUGACCAAGAGCCCAUUCAGAGAUCGCAUCCCUACCUAUGGUCUCUCACGGCCUCGCUCUGGAAGUGCCCCGCCUACUCCAGUGAACACACUGAGCCUGCCGAGUGCCCCUCCCUCCACCAGCUCCCCCCCUCCACACAUCAGACGACUGAAAGCUGGAAAUGUUUCCAAGGCAACCAGCAAACCUAUGACUUCCUCCUCCCCCCACACCUGGAAGUCUUCCACCUGUCCCUCCCCCUACUUUCCCCCUCUUUACUCCUCCCCCCGCCCCUCCCCUUCCCCCCUCAGGUGUAACGUGGACUCCCUUCUUCACCUGUUCGGCCGCUGGCUGUUUGAUGCUGCUUUGGUCGGCAGAGACCCAGGUCUGCCCUCUGAUCAGUGUGAUGUCACUGUGAUGUCAGAGAGGUGGGCCGCUGGUCGAGCUGAGGCCUGCGGGACACUCUGCAGGAUCUUCACCUCUAAGAAAACUGCAGAAGACAUUCUGUCGGUCUACCUGUCCAGGUUUUACCUGGUACUCCUGCAGGGUCUCCAGGUGUCAGAGGGGGUGUGUCCUCCUGUUCUUGCCUCCAUCCUGCUAAAUUCCACCUGUCUGUUCUGCUGUGACCUGAGAGGAGUGAACCUGCUGCUGCCCUCCUUCAUCUCAGCGCUGGAACAUGUGCUGCUCGACAGAGAGUUGCUGAGGUUUAAGUGUUUUGUGAGUCCAGUGGACUUGAGGCGAGCUUCAAUCCUCACCCUGCUGUCCCUGCUGCCCCUCCCUCUGCAGUUUCCCUCUGUCCAAUCAGAAGUGUUAUUGGACAGGAGGCUCAGUGGUGACGAUGUCCCAGCAGGUAGUUUCCUGUCUCUGAAGCCCCGCCUCAUCAGUGUUCUGAUGGGAGCUCUGCAGACGGAGACCGACGCCCUCAACACACAGAUCAUCGUCUUGGCCAUGUUGAACCUGGUUCAGGACUUGGCUCUGUUGGAGGCAGCCGGACAAACACAACAGAAAGCUGCGUCUCCCCGCGGAGCAACCAGCCCGAAUAAACGGAGCAGAGGACACGCUGUCCAUUCAGACUCAGCGGGGAUCCUCUGGGUUCAGUUUGUCCGUCUGCUGACUCAGCGUCUGUCGGCUCAGUGGAGGAAUGACUCGGCCCUCUGUUUGUCUGUUCUGGAAGUACUGGGAGGACUGGCCAAGGUGGAGGUGAGCGUGGAGGAGAACGAGCGGAGGCGGGCGCUCUCUUUGAUCUGCAGUUACAUCGUGUUUCAGUGCAGUCGUCCUCCUCCGCUCCACUCCAGAGAUCUGCACUCCGUCAUCGUCGCUGCCUUCUACUGUCUGAACGUCUGGUUAACACAACACCCGACGACACCCGACCUCCACCAGGAGAGUCUGUCAGAGGUCCUCGAGAUCGUGGAGUUGGGGAUUUCAGGCAGUAAGUCCAGACAGGAUCAGGAGGUGAGGAGUAAAGAGGAGAAGGAUCUGAACCCGGCUUCUCUGAGGGUGAAGGAGGCGGCUGAGGCCACGCUGAGCUGUGUUAUGCAGGUUUCAGGAGCCUUCCCGUUCCAUGGGACCCUGGCAGAUGAGGACGCUCUGAUUGGCUGCUCCACCUCGAGUGACAGCAGCGUGAAGAAGUUCAGAUAUUUUGUGGUGGACGGCUCGGUGAUCCUCGCCAUGCUGGAACAACCACAGGAACCUGAACCAGAGCCGAGACCGUCACUCACAGUCCUGAUCAGAGGACCUUCAGGAAGUCACACCUGGACUCUACAGCACCACCUGCAGCCCAGAGAAGGAAGAACGACGACCACUCAGCAGCAAACGUUGUUCCCUGAGCACGGCGGUGCAGCCCAGGUGGAUGCUGGGAUACAGCGUGGUGUCAAACAUCAGCUGUUGUCUGAAUCCAUGGAUCGAGUUUUCACAGUCAAAGCGGACCUGAGUAUUCCAGAUCUACACGAGACCGUUUCAAAGGAGGUGCAGAAGCAGCUGGAGUCAGUGCGAGCAGCUUUCAAAAGGUGCAGACAGGUUGAGGCCUGGCCGCAGGUGAGCGAGAAGCCGGUUGACAUGACGACCUGCAGGACGCCGUCACCUGUCACCAAGUUUCAGACGGCGAGAGUCUUCCUGUCCCACCUCGGCCUGCUGACACCUGAGACCCUGAAGGAUUCAGGUACCAGCGGUGUCCUACCUGAGCUGGUGUCUCUGGACUCGUCUCUUCCAGGUUUCUCUGAGGAUCUGAGACGAUUGGACCGGCUGCCGUCCAGAAACUGUGACUCCGCCUUCGUCUUCUACGUGAGAGCGGGACAGAGGACGGCUGCUGAGAUCCUGAACAACGUGGAGUCCAGCAGCAGCGUCUCGUCUCACUUCCUGGAGUUCCUGUCGUCUCUGGGUUGGCCAGUGGAGGCGGGGGGUCGACAGGUGUUCAAAGCAAACAGAGCAGAAUUCCCUGCUGUGCUCGCUGACAGUGGAGGAAGCGUUUUUAACGGAGAGAAGUUUGUCCUGAAGUACGUCGACGCGCUGACAGAAAUCACCUUCAUCGUCCCGUCAUCAUCAUCACACGUGAUUGGUUGGUCAAAGAGUCCAGGCGCUGCAGAGCCAAUGACUGAGAGCCACUUAAAGCUGCAGAGUCCUUUUGUGCUGAAUAAAGACUCCGCCCCCAAACCAGCAAGUUCUCCGCUGGACAAAGUGAAGUCUUUCCGUUUUGUCUCAUCGUUUGUCAACUCUGAUUCUAAAAUCGUUAUGGUGUGGGUGGAACGCUUCGAAGACAUCGAGAGUUUCCCUUCGUCUGAUCUGCUGUCAGAGACGAAGACGGAAACAGUGACGAGUUUGUCAAACACUCAACUCAUCUUCAUCCAUCCUCUGAAAUCUGGACUCUACCGGAUCUGUUUCCAUGGAAACGCCAACAGCAAGUUGAGUCUGGUCAUCCCGUUGGUGAACGGGAGCGUGGUCAGCAAGCGGUCUCUGGGUUUCCUCGUCAGAGAGACAGUGAUCAACUGUUGCCAUCGGCGACGCUUGGAGACCGACUCCGCCCCUCCUCCGCGACUCCGAAGGAAGCAGAUGAUCAGUGACAUCAUCCUUCGUUACCACAGACGCUGCUCUGAACCCGCCUUCUACUCAGCGCUGUUCCAGGACCCCUGACCACCCUGACCCCGACUUCUACCACACUGUACGCUGCAACUAUCUGUUACCAUGGCAACAGGACGUUUGAUUUACUGGUGAUGACAGAAAACUGUGUAGUUUCGGAAAUUUGUUGCAUAAAAUAAAUCGUAACUGAU